AUGGGCUCUCCGCAUAUGCCAGGCUCCCCAUCCAAACCGAAAGAUCUUUCGAGCACAUCAAACAAUAAAGCUGCAUCUUUAUCGGAACUUGGGUCAAGAAUUGAAGAACAUAUAAAGAUGAAAAAUAUGUCAAAAGAAGAAGCGAAUAAUUUUCGAUAUAUGCAAAUGACACAUUUUGGACAUCAAGCUCGUGUAAAAAGUGAGUCUGCAAAAAUGAAAGCUGAACAAAUACAUGCAAAUAUGAGCCAAGGUAGAUUCCAUAAGAAUAGCUCAGUGAAUACAUUCCUAUCAAAAGUACCAAACACAAAGCAUAACAAACAUAAACUUGCUCUUGAUGAGAAAAUGCAGCAUGAUCGGGAAAUUGAUGAAAUUUUAAAUGAUGCUAGAAUUUUACAUCAAAGAGGCGAAAUGAACUGGGAUACCGGUAAUUCGAUCGCACAAUACAUUUCACCGUCUUAUCCGCACAAACAUCGGGAUUCUGAUAGCGAGUAA